AUGGCCCAACCACAGGCUCAAAAUGUCAUGCGAAGUAUUUCCUACCAACUGCGGGCCUGGAGCUGCGAAGUUCCCGGGAUACGGAACAAAUGUCAGGAUACAAUUGGGCUUGCCGCUGGGACUGGGGGCGCUGCAUUCCUGCUACCCAAUAUGGAGGGCUCAAUUGAUGGUCUGACAUUUGUCCCGACUGUCUUCGAGAACUACGUUACGGAUUGUAGGGUGGAUGGAAAGAGCGUGCAAUUAGCACUUUGGGAUACGGCGGGGCAAGAAGAUUAUGAAAGAUUACGGCCCCUGGCAUAUUCAAAAGCACAUGUUAUUCUAAUAGGAUUUUCAAUCGACACACCGGAUUCUCUGGACAACGUUAAGCACAAAUGGGUCGAAGAAGCAAACGAGCGAUGUCCCGGAGUCCCCAUCAUCCUUGUCGGCCUGAAGAAGGAUCUGAGAGAAGACCCAAUUGCCAUUGAGGAGAUUCGGAAGAGAUCACAACACUUUGUUGGCACCCGGGAAGCAACAGAUAUUGCCCACGAUAUCGGAGCACGAAAAUACCUCGAAUGCUCUUCCCUGACCGGUGAAGGGGUCGAUGAUGUUUUUGAGGCGGCAACAAGAGCAGCUCUCCUGACAUUUGAGAAGGGGGAGGGAGGCGGAUGUUGUGUGAUACUAUAG